ACUCACUUUGAACCUUGCGCGCGCGAAUAAUCGCUUUCGAGCUUUUUCGGUGAGAGGUGCUCUCUCCUUUUUUUUUCUCCUUCGUAUAAUCCGUAAGAAUCGUCAUACCCAGGGGCCGCGAAGGCUUAUUUACCGCGCGCUCGAUUUUCGGACGAGCCCGCCGCGUUUUGAAAGUUGCCUCUCUUGCAAUAAUGCGCGCACGCGUAAUCGAUGCUCCUAUAUGCUCGCGCGUCGGUUGUGACUGACGUGGCUCGUUUUCCCGGGCGCGAAAUAAAUUUGGCAAAUUAACCGCUACGGCUUGAUUAAAACGUUUGACGAGCCGAUCGCUCAAAAAAGAAGAAAAACAAAAACAGGAACAGAGAAAUCGGCCUGUAAAAUGCUCAUUUGCAUCGAGAGCGCGCCGGGAGGAAAGAAAGCUCGCGGGAAAAAGUAGCAGCCGCGCACGGGAAAAUCGAUCUACUAGGAAACGAGUAAACUAGUAGACUGAGAGUGACUGACUGGCUGGAUCUUUCGCUCCUGGAAAACAAAGCACAAAAAAGCAUGAGAACGCGAGGGAUCAUCCUAUGGCGGAAGCUCGCGUGGCUCGCGCGAAUCCGCGUGAUUGCCGGCAAUUAGCCCCGCCAGGUAUACAACAAUCGGCUAUGCUCACGAGCUAUAUAUAUAUAUAUAUAUAUAGAUAUAUAUACUCGGGAUCGAUGCGGCGUGUGACGUAAUCCGCGAUUACACGUUCGAAACGUCAUAAAUACGUCAUCGCGAUAUAUUGGGAGUGUACGUGUGUGUUGAUACUGGAACAGCGACCUUUUUCCCCGGCGAUCGUGCUCGAGUGGAGUUACGUGCGCGUUUUAGAUUCUAGAUUCGGUUGCGGGAGAAAAAUUGUUGUUCGGUCCCUCGGGCUUCGAUGGUUAUUUCGUAUAUACCAGGGCAGUUCCCGAAAUUACGUGAAUCGAUGCAGCUAUACACCGGUGGACUUUCAUCGAAUCGAUUAUUGGCCAAUUAGCGAUUCACGCUGUCAUCACGGCUUUGGAAAUUCCCGGUACUAUAAUAAUUAUACGCGUUAUCCGAGGAAAUAAAAAGCCGAGCCGAAUUAUACGAGGUGACAUCCGCCGUAAUAACGUAAUAACACUCGCCCAAAUAUACCUAUAUUACGAAGAGUCGUUAGCGCGAUAAAAUUUCACCUCUUACGUGAGACGUAAACAACACGCCGAGGGUUUUUCCGACUCCGGAAAGAUUAUAUACUUUAAUUCCAACUGUUUUCGUCGCACUUCCCACGCGGUUCAUCAAAACGCUACCGAGAACACGGACUGUGCUCGCGGUUGCGCGCAAAUUUCACCCAAUGUAAAACGCAUUUGAGCUCGUUACCGCUAAUGAAAAAACAUCUCUCUAGACGCCGUAUCCGUUUCUUCCGAAUUAAAAUUCGCCGAGCUCGAAAAAAAAGAACAAUGCGCUUGGGCGGAACGACGAAUGAUAAUCCGCUACCGGAUCUCCGACGUAUUUAUAGAUCCAUCCGCCUGUGUCUGUCGGGCACCUAAUAUACGCGACCGGUCGUGUGGCGAGCGAAUGUGUUCUAGGAUUGAUUGCAGCCGGUGUCCCAGUUAUAGUCGACGGCAGUUUUGAUUUGUUUCGAUUGCCGCGUAAUAAUGCCGAGGUGUAGGCCCGAUUACGAUAAGUGUUUCCAGUAAUUUAUUUGCACGUAAUCUCUCGACGCGAUUAUUUAAUAUUCCCGCGCGCAGCUCAUUGUCCGACGUUGCGCGAGAAAGAGGCUGUGUUGGUCGAGAUAAAAAAUAUCGAUUUAUUGGGGACACAAUGAGUCAUUAUUCACCACAUCCGAUCGCCGCAAGAGCGUCCGCAACGAUCGCUUGAUCACAAAGAGCUGUCCAGCUCUUUCGCGCGCUUGUGUGCAGGGGCUCGAAUCGAAAAGUCCUUCUCGCGUGCGGCACACUGGCACAUUAUAAAUUAUCCCGGGAGUCUACACCUGCGCGAGUGACACACAGGGCAAAUUAGUUAUGUACACGUGCGCGGCUGCUCCGGCGAUUUAUCUCGGUGGGAAUUAGUCGGGACUGCGAAUUCCAUCAUAUUAACUCGCUUAUUUAUUCUCAUUGUUGUGCACGGCCGCUCGCUAUAUACGGAUUGCGAAAUUGGAUUGUUUACUGUGCGCGGACGUUUCGUUUUUAUUAAUAACCCCUCGAUGAAACGCCGUUUCAGCAAAGCCCUUGUUGUGCACCACCUAUUACGUAAGAGGAGAUAGAUAAGAGCGCUCUCGCAUCGGUUCCGAGAAUCAAUAAAGAAGAGAGACUCUUCUCUCUCUCUCUCUCUCUCUCUCUCUCUCUCUCUCUUUGUGUGUAUAUGCCACACACAGCAAAGCUCAGCCGCAACGCGACGUUGGAUCGUUUAUGCAUGAAACGAGACACUCGGCCGCAGAGAGCCGGUGUCCAUUGUCAGCUGGCCGGCGUCGAAGGACGAUUGCCACUCGAGACUGUAAACCGUGUGCCCCGACUAUAAACCACGUCGGCGACGAUGGCGCAGCACAUCCUCCGAUCGACCACGACGACGACUACUAAUAUUACCGAGCCAAUAGCGUCAGCUCCGCCGCAUCGCCAGAGACGUCGCUGCAGAGGCUUCUCUCCCGUCGGCAGCUCGCUUUAGUACUUCACACGGCGCGCGCAAGUACUCUUGUGUAUUAUUAUUCAGGAGAGAACGAGAUACAGAAGAGGAUCCGAACAUGCGUGGGCUCGUGAUCUUCGCGGCGACAUUGGCAGCCCUGGCGCUACAGCCGGCUUCGGCGCUCACCGGCGAGCACGUGUGCCACCGCGUGGAAAACUACACGGUGACGUCGCGGGAACAAUACGUCGAGCCGGUGGAAAUUCACACACUCGCCUGGUGCCUGCAGAUACCGCCGCGCUGCCCCCAGACUCGCACGGAGUUGCGAGAACGCUGGCGCAUGAAGACGGAAGUGAAAUUCAAGAGCGUGCCGGUGUGCUGCGAAGGCUACGCGAUCCAGGAGCCGGUGGGCAACGGCAGCGCCGAAGCCAAGUGCGUGCCGCACUGCAAGCGCUGCCGCAGCGGCGUCUGCAUCGCCCCCAACGAGUGCGCAUGCGAUCCGGGAUUCCAAGGCCAGGACUGCGCCUCCGAGUGUCCACAGGGUACCUGGGGCCCGAGCUGCAAGAACGAGUGCAACUGCCUGCGCGAGGUCGCCUGCAAUACCGUGAGCGGCAAGUGCGAGUGUCCCGCUGGAUGGAUGGGCUCACGCUGCGAGAACAAGUGCCCCGAAGGCCACUGGGGCGCGGGCUGCAAUUCCAUCUGCCUCUGCGAGAACCAGCUGGCCCGCUGUCACCACGAGACCGGAGAGUGCAGCGAGUCGGCCUCGUCCGUCAGCGAUCCCUUCGAGGCGUCCGGUAUCGCGGCUAAUCUCGUUCCGGCCGCUUCUACAGCCAAGACGGCGGAUACCGAUUACGUGGACAUCGUCGACUUCGACAAGGAGGAUGCCCUGCUGUCCAGAGUAACCGAGCAAGUCCCCGUGAUCCCGGACGACAACCUGGACCCGAUCAUAGAGCGCAACAGCGUGAACGUCGAGCCGGCGAUGCUUCCCGAAUCGAAGAAACCGCCGACGACGGAGGGCAUCUCGACAAAGACGAUCGAGGAGAAGCCGCGACGAACAACGCCGGUACUGGCGACGAGUCCCCUCCCCCCUCAACCCGGGCCCACUGUCUCGAUCGAAGGAAAUCAACUUUCACAGCCGGACGACGCCGAGAGGAGCAAGUCCGCCGGCUUUGACUUUGACGAGCGGCACACCAACUUUCGCGUCAUUGUCUCGCCCAAGACCGAGUACGUCAAGAAUACUCACAAAGCAGACGACGGCUCUCCGAUGUCCGGCAUCCCGAUCGACGUGGCCACGAUGAUAGUGGUCGGGGCGAUAGUCUCGAUCGGCCUGACCGCAGUGGCCGCUCUCAUGAUCUUUCACGUGCGCUCGCGGCUGCUCAAGGCCGCCCUAUCGAUCUACAGCCAGGAGAAGGUUGAGCGCCAGCAGUUUCCCGAAAAGGAUAGCGUCGUUUCCGCCACAACCGCCGCCGGCAAGGGCCUGGACGUGACCAUCGGGACUCUUCCUCGAACCAUGACGAGAGUCAACCCGGUGUACAACGCCGGCCCUGAGGCGGCCGUUCUGACGUUCGACGAGCGACCGGCCGAGUACGCCAACGGCACCGUCACCAUCGGCAUCCGCCUGUCCAGCAAUCUCAGAGAUCUCCUCGAGAGUCACUACGACAGACCUGCCGCGUGCUCCCACAGGAACGUACCCGCGGGUGGCUUCGCCCCGGGCGACGCGGAUGUGGAACACGUGUACGACGAGAUCCCGCUCUCGGCGCCCUUCUACUUCGCCAAAGACACGUAAUAAUUCCGGCUCUCCGCGCUCGCGGAACCAGCCCUGCGAGGAACCGCCGCGAGAGCUAUACACCGACACUGCCUAUAAUACACUCGCGCGAGUUUCGCAACUCGUAGUUUCGUCCUAAACUUCAAUUUUUCGCGAGAGCUGUUAUACCGCACUCUCGGCUGUAGUAGUCUAGGAUCGUGCGCCCGUAGCGCUGUUGCCUCAUGUACGUCAAUCCAGCCGGCGAUGUAGUGGAGAAAAGGCGUGCACGAGUGAUCGUGAGAAACUUUUCGGCGAAUUAUCCCCUUUUUAUGCAGCUGAUCUCUUUCUCUCGCCGAGUGUGUCCUUUUGGAUAGCGCGAGAGGACAAGGGUUUUUUUUAUCGUAUAUUUAUAAUGCGUCUGAUGACCUAUAUAUCGAUUGUUGGGCAUGUAAUCGCAUAGAGGAAAAUUGCGCUAGAUUGUAAGUACAUCAACUUUUACCUACUAUUACACAUUAAUAUAUAUUCGUAUGUAUACUGGCUAGAUUUUUAUGUACACACGCACACACGUACACUGUAAAGGGUUUUCUUUUCCGUUGAAGCGACAACGCUAGUGUGGCAUAUAUCGUGCGUUGUUUACUCGUUCAUCGAAUAUGAUGUAAUUCUUCUUCCAAAGAGUAGUUCUCGUAAGGCCGAUCGCUCUGUAUUUGCAUUUAUCAAUAUUAUCGUGGCUAUGAACACUGCUAGUAUAUACAAUCCAUAUAAUAUAAGUAUGAGAACUCAUUAUUUACAUUAUAUACUUGGCAUCGCAAGCGCUCGUUAGUGUAUAAGUCACUAUAUUUAUCUCCUUAUCGUUUUGCAAGUUUAUGCAGGAACUCUCUCAUGCCUGAUAAACUGCUAUAAACAUAGUAAUGUGAUCACACCGCAUUUAAAUAUUAUUUACGCGCCGCAGUGUGUGUGCUGGCAAUAUCAACAGCUAUUUAGUAAUAUUCUGUAAAAAUACCAUCGUAUACUACUACUUCCCCCUGUGUAAUGUACAUUAUUGUCAAUGAAUUUUCAAGCCAAAUAAAAACAUUUUGUACACCCGAGGAAAA